AACGUUUGAACAAACACAUGGAUUGGAAGUUAAGAUUUUAUUCAGUAUCGAUUCUGAGUUGAUUAAAAAAUACGAGUAUAACUGUUUUUUUUAUACGUGUUAACGUGUUGAAAUUAUGGGCAAUAAUGUGAAUACGUGUUCGUCUGAAAAAACUCCACCUCCGCGAGACGAAGAAGUAACCAAUCCUCCAUUUGAUGUGAUCAUGGUUGGCGAUAUAACUGGUAAAUCCUGUAUCCAAGCUCGUUUUUGUACAGGAAUAUAUGAUCCAGCGCGUGGAUACACGGUUGGGUUUGAAGUAGGACACAAAAAAAUGGUCGUGGAUAACGAAGAAAUCGAGUUACGAAUAUAUGAUACCUGUAAUUCAGAAACAGCUUACCGUGCUUUCCAACAAACAUACGAGUAUGGAAAAAGAUCGCCGAAUGGAAUAAUAUUGGUUUAUGAUAUUACAAGAGAAAGCACGUUUUCAAAUUUACGAACGACGUGGUUGGAACGAAUCCAACACGAUUUUGGAUUAGAUGUACCAAUAAUUGUGGUGGGAAAUAAAUGCGAUUUAGAAAGUGAAAGAACGGUUAAACAGUCAGAAGUUGAAGAAUUUUGUGAUGAUGUUCCUCAAAUAAUAUGCGCAGUGCUGUCGUCUGCCAAAACUAAUAAAAAUAUCGAAUUUAUUUUCACUCAUUUAGCGAUCGAAAUGAAGGUACAUACCUAAACCUACCUAAAUAUCUAAUGCAAUGAGAUUUUUCAGUUUUUACGUAGAAUUUCAUUAGGUACAUUGGACGAGAUAUGUAGAUAAGUGCAUAUCAUGAUGUAUGAUGUUAAAAUAAUUCUGAGUUAAUGAAAUGAUGAAUCGUGCUCUUAUAUACUUAAUUAGUUGUUGUGAAUCAUUAGGCGAUAAUUUUAACACUAAUUUACAAAACACCACUGAAACAUGUUUUAAUAAUGUUAGUAACAUAUUGACGUUUAACUGAAUGCCAACUUACAGAGUACAUACCUACCUAAAAUUUAAUAAUAAUAAUAAUAAUUAUUUAUUUAUCAUUUAUUUUGCAGAAGUAGUCCAGGAAAAAUAGCAUUCCAUUGGGAAAAAUGGGGGAGAAAGCUGAAUUUUGGUAUACUGGUCCAUUUUUUUGUGCUGAACACGAAUCCGAUGAGUCCCCGGUCGUCCGUGGUGUGCAUUCUCCCCUAUUGUGGAUCUAAGCCCCCAAAACCAGUUUUUUGCAAUUUUCUCCCCCGCAUUGCAUUUUAGCGAGAAAUAGGUGGUCGGAUAAGAAUCUACGUCAAAUUUCCGAUCUAGUGAUAUAUCAACUUUCUUUCUACCCCCAAGGGGGGUGGAACCACAACCAUUCAAAAAAGGGGGUUCCCCAAAAAAUACAUAAGGGCUGUAGGCGCCUAAGAGGGGUGAAAUGGUCCCCAAAAGCGUUUAACAUGAAAGGUGGGUACCAUAGAGAAACCUCUGCGCAAAAAAUUUCAGAUCCACACCCCCUACCCUUUUUGCGGAGCCCCCCUUUUUGAAAUUUCAGUAGCACUUUUCUCAGCCCCAUUUCAACCGAUUUUGAAAAUUUUUCUGGAAGUUAUGUAUAUCCUUGAUAGGUAUUCACACAAAAAUUUUCAACCCCCUCCCCUCAAAUUUACCCCUCAAAAUGGCGUUUUUUUCAUUUUUUUAUGCCUAUUAACAAUCAAGAUUGCGAGGUACAAUUUUGUAAACACGUUUUUUGGAUGUAUUUUUGGCCCCCAAACAUCAUAUACUAUAUUAGAAAUUUUUGCUGUGGUGCGCCGUGGUGAAAACUUGGAAUAAUGUAUCGUAGGGGGGUGGGGGGUGAAAGGGGAAUUUUACCAUAUUUUUUUCUUGUGAUUUUUUAUGUAGGUAGUCAUUGAAUUAUAAAAUACAUACUCAUACAUACUCAAGUUACAGUUAUCAUGAAUAAUUAUUAUGCCACAUAUGCUCCGCAGACCUAUACAGUCCAGUACACAUACCGAUUUGUUGCGUUUUCUGCGUGGAAAAAAAUUGAAGGAUCCACCCCCCUCGAGGGGGAACCAUGUGCUGUAGCUGAUUCUACGAGAAAUUUUAUGUACAAUAACAAUGAACUUAUGUAAUUUUCCCAUAGCAAUGAAACCAACAUCACGAAAAUAACUUUAUUUCGAAAAUUGUGAAAAUUGAGGGAGCUGAGGGGCUCUGGAGAGGGGUAAGUGAUUGUAGCAGAAAAUCAGAGGUCAUAUUCGUGCUCAGCGGUAUCGAAUCAUAUGAAAACGACACCAACAUCACGAAAAUAACUUUAUUUCGAAAAUCGUGAAAAUUGAGGGGGCUGAGGGGCUCUGGAGAGGGGUAAGUGAUUGUAGCAGAAAAUCAGAGGUCAUAUUCGUGCUCAGCGGUAUCGAAUCAUAUGAAAACGACACCAACAUCAUCAAAAUAACUAUAUUUCGAAAAUCGUGAAAAUUGAGGGGGGCUGAGGGGCUCUGGAGAGGGGUAGGUGAGUGUAGCAGAAAAUCUGAGGUCAUAUUCGUACUCAGCGGUAUCGAAUCAUAUGAAAACGAUACCCUACUCAUUGAUAGUUAUUUUUUUCAAAAUUCCCCUUUCACCCCCCACCCCCCUACGAUACAUUAUUCCAAGUUUUCACCACGGCGCACCACAGCAAAAAUUUCUAAUAUAGUAUAUGAUGUUUGGGGGCCAAAAAUACAUCCAAAAAACGUGUUUACAAAAUUGUACCUCGCAAUCUUGAUUGUUAAUAGGCAUAAAAAAAUGAAAAAAACGCCAUUUUGAGGGGUAAAUUUGAGGGGAGGGGGUUGAAAAUUUUUGUGUGAAUACCUAUCAAGGAUAUACAUAACUUCCAGAAAAAUUUUCAAAAUCGGUUGAAAUGGGGCUGAGAAAAGUGCUACUGAAAUUUCAAAAAGGGGGGCUCCGCAAAAAGGGUAGGGGGUGUGGAUCUGAAAUUUUUUGCGCAGAGGUUUCUCUAUGGUACCCACCUUUCAUGUUAAACGCUUUUGGGGACCAUUUCACCCCUCUUAGGCGCCUACAGCCCUUAUGUAUUUUUUGGGGAACCCCCUUUUUUGAAUGGUUGUGGUUCCACCCCCCUUGGGGGUAGAAAGAAAUUUGAUAUAUCACUAGAUCGGAAAUUUGACGUAGAUUCUUAUCCGACCACCUAUUUCUCGCUAAAAUGCAAUGCGGGGGAGAAAAUUGCAAAAAACUGGUUUUGGGGGGCUUAGAUCCACAAUAGGGGAGAAUGCACACCACGGACGACCGGGGACUCAUCGGAUUCGUGUUCAGCACAAAAAAAUGGACCAGUAUACCAAAAUUCAGCUUUCUCCCCCAUUUUUCCCAAUGACCCUUUUUUUUCAUCUAAUUUUCCUGGACUAAAGAGACAACGUUUAAAAACCGAACUGCAAAAUCAAAAUGAACAGAUAUGAGGAUAGAGGAUUUUUUUAAAAUCAAAGGAUGAGAGAGAUUCGGAGACCAACAUCACAGCCCUACAGUGGAUCAUAUCGUCGUCUGUUGAUUCUUUAGAAGCAUUUUUUUUUUUUUUUUUUUUUUUUUUUAUUAUUUGAUAAGUAAGAAAAGAAAAAUAAUGUGUAUUGUAGUUCUAAUUAAAACCAUAAUAUUGUACGUGGCAUUAGGUACAGGUAUUCCCAUUAAAGUAAGAGUAACUUUUGCGAAAAUCUUACUAUAACUUAUUUUAAUUAUUUUUUAAUAUUUUUUUCAUGUUCUCUUAUUAAUAAGAAGUACAUAUUUAUAUGUACAACUGAGUAAAAAAAUAAAAUCGGUGUUACGAGUAGA